AUGUAAAGAUAGCUUAGUAAUUCCGCCCAUCUGAGCGUAUACGCUGAUAAAGUAGCUAUGGCAUGUCCGCAAUACUUCUGCAAUGUUCCCUUUUCAUCCCUCUCUUCUUGACGUCAACUUUCCUGAGAAAUGGCGAAGAUCGAUUUGUCGAGUAGAGGCAGAGAUUCAGCAUUUGUGGAUCAUGUCAGGAGUUGGAGCACCACUCCUGGGAAUACAAAAAAGAAUGAUAUACCAAUAAUGAGAGAUUGCUCUAGGUGAGCGACAUGAUAAUCUCCAAAACUCUUUGCUGUUAUGUUGUUGUAGGGUUCUGGCGGUAGGAAGAGACAGAAAGAGGAAAGCUCCUUGUUUGCACUGUUUGCACUGGCCGCCCCACUGAUCAAGCUAGUGUUUUGCUGAACUCACGUCUCCAAGAACACUUCAUCUGCGCGCUUGCUCUAACACAAAAAUCCACCACCAUCUCUGCCUCACCUUUCAACAGUCGUUUCCCAGUCAUUAUAAUCUUCAAGGAUACGAGAUUGAACAAGAAAUACAGCAAAUCCAGUUGAAUGUCGGGCCUCUUUGGAAACGUCGGCACGACUGCCACCGCGACAUCAGCAACAAACACAACUGGCGACAUUUCCAAAGAUGUUGCUCUAAACUCCCCUCCCGAAGACAGUAUCUCAGAUCUCGCCUUUUCGCCCGUCAGUAACCAUCUCGCCGUCUCGUCGUGGGAUAAGAAAGUCCGCAUCUAUGAAAUCAACGAUCAAGGGCAGAGUGAAGGAAAAGCCUUGUUUGAACAUGAAGCUCCUGUCUUGAACUGUUGUUGGUCUCCGGAUGGAACAAAAGUCGUUGGUGCCGGAGCAGAUAAAGCUGCACGAUUGCUCGAUCUAGGAGCCAACGCCACUACCCCACUCCAAGUCGCUGCCCACGACGCGCCUAUCCGAUGCUGUGAAAUGAUACCCAACCCUACAAACUCAGCACAACCACUUCUAAUAACGGGCUCAUGGGACAAGAAGGUGAAAUACUGGGAUUUGCGACAGCAGACCCCCAUCGCGCAGGUGGAAUGUCAAGAGCGUGUUUAUACCAUGGACGUCAAGAAUAAGCUCCUCGUCAUUGGCACCGCUGAUCGUUACAUCAACAUCAUCAACCUGGACAAUCCCACCACCUUCUACAAAACCAUGCAGUCUCCGCUAAAGUGGCAGACGAGGGUGGUUAGCUGUUUCGCAGACGCCACCGGUUUCGCUGUGGGUAGUAUCGAAGGCCGCUGUGCCAUUCAAUACGUCGAAGAGAAGGACUCAAGUUCAAACUUUAGCUUCAAAUGCCACCGUGAAACACCCGCCAACAACCGUGACAUUAGCAACAUCUAUGCCGUCAACGCCAUAUCGUUCCACCCUGUCCACGGCACUUUCAGCACUGCUGGCAGCGAUGGUACUUUCCAUUUCUGGGAUAAGGAUGCAAAGCACCGAUUGAAAGGAUAUCCGAAUGUUGGUGGAACGAUUCCCUGCACGACGUUCAAUCGGGACGGUAGUAUCUUUGCGUAUGCUGUUAGUUAUGAUUGGAGUAAGGGGUAUACGGGGAAUACACCACAGACGCCGAACAAGGUCAUGUUGCAUCCGGUCAAUCAAGAGGAAGUCAAGCCUCGACCAAAUGCACGCAAACCUAGGUGAAGUGAUUGUUUUAGAUGAACAGAGAUAGAUCUCGAUAGUUACAUUACGAAUACCUAAUCAGGCAUGAAUCUGUCUGACUUGAUCUAU